AUGGGAUUUCACAUCAGUUAUCGUGAAGAUGAUGUCGGCUGUCACAUUAUUCUUCCAACGGAACACAAGACAGGGGGUGACAUUGAUCACUUUACCGAUGAAGAUGAUGAUGAAGGUCUCGAUACUUCUUCUCACGUGGAAUUUCCUAAUGGGUCAAGCAACUUAAGCAGCAAUGUUGACAUGGAAUCGGUGGUGUCGGAGCUGUCAGACUCUCCAGACAUGUGGCGCGGGCGACUACGCAGUCGGGUGCCACCGGCCAAACCUGUCGACACGGAGCAGAAAAGUGCUACAUCAAGUGAGGCAAGUAGAAAUGGAAUAUGA